AUGAGUUCUCACGAUCCGUCCUCGACUCCUAUGGUGAUUCCAAAGCUCGAACCAACCAUUGAAUCUACUCAAACCUUGCCUUUACAACCUCGACCUGACCCACAACCUCCGAUUUUCCAGAAUACUCCUCCGUCUUCCGUUUCCGUCGAACCCAACUUCUGUUCGGAGUUCAACACCGUCGCGGAGACUUUCCGUUCCGCUUUUGCUGAACGGCUCAAGGGUCACGAUGACGUCACGGUUCUCGAUUCACAAACCGGAGCAAUCGUACCGGUAGAGGAUGAAACGGAUCCGGUUCCUUAUUCAGGUAAUGACGCUUCUCCUUCCGUCGUUACGCGAAGGCCGAAGCCGCAGCAGCGUUCAUCGGAGCUAGUGAGGAUCACUGAUGUUGGACCUGAAGGAGAGAGACAGUUUCGAGAAGAUUUGAGAAAGGUUAGGAUGAUUUACGAUUCUCUUCGAAUCUUCUUGAUAAUGGAAGAUAGGGUUCAUGGGAUUGGAGGAAGGAGAGGUAGGCCUGAUAGUAAAGUUGCUUCAAUGAUGAAAGAUUGUUUCUUGUGGUUGCAUCGUGAUAAACGCAUCGUUGGUUCGAUUCCCGGAGUACAAGUUGGUGACAUUUUCUUCUUUAGGCUUGAGUUGUGUGUUGUUGGUUUGCAUGGACAAACACAAGCUGGGAUUGAUUUUCUUACAGGGAGUCUUAGUUCUAAUGGUGAGCCAAUUGCUACUAGUGUGAUUGUUUCAGGCGGGUAUGAAGAUGAUGACGAUCAAGGCGAUGUGAUUAUAUACACAGGUCAUGGUGGACAAGAUAAGCUUGGUAGGCAAGCUGAACAUCAGAAGUUAGAAGGUGGGAAUCUUGGUAUGGAACGGAGUAUGUAUUACGGGAUUGAAGUGAGAGUGAUUAGAGGGUUUAAGUACGAGAACUCGGUUUCUAGCAAAGUUUAUGUUUAUGAUGGGCUGUUUAGGAUUGUUGAUUCGUGGUUCGAUGUUGGGAAAUCUGGUUUUGGUGUGUUUAAAUUUAGGCUGGAGAGAAUCGAAGGGCAGCCUGAGAUGGGUAGCUCGAUUCUCAAGCUUGCUAAGACUCUUAAAACCAACCCAAUGUCUGUGAGGCCAAGUGGUUACAUCAGUUUCGAUAUCUCAAAUAGGAAGGAGAAUGUUCCUGUCUAUCUAUAUAAUGACAUAGACGACGACAAAGAACCUUUGUAUUAUGAGUACCUUGUCAAAACUUCGUUUCCGCCUUGCUUAUUUAUUCAACAGAGUAAUGGUGCAAGUGGCUGCAACUGUACCUCAGGUUGUAGCAGUGGCUGCCUUUGUGCAAGUAAGAAUGGAGGUGAAUUUGCUUACGAUUACAAUGGUAAUCUAAUCAGACAGAGACCAUUGAUAUUUGAGUGUGGACCGGCAUGCCAGUGCCCUCCAAAUUGUCGAAACCGUGUGACUCAAAAGGGUUUGAGGAAUAGUCUAGAAGUGUUUAGGUCAGUGGAAACGGGUUGGGGAGUUCGGUCUUUGGAUAUAUUACAUGCUGGUGCUUUUAUUUGUGAGUAUGUCGGGGUUGCUUUGACAAGGGAUCAAGCCAACAUUUUAACAAUGAAUGGUGAUACAUUGGUAUAUCCUGCUCGGUUUUCUUCUGCUAAAUGGGCAGCUUGGGGAGAUUUGUCAGAGGUCCUUGCUGAUUACGAGCGACCAUCGUAUCCUGAGAUUCCUCCUAUUGAUUUUGCAAUGGAUGUGUCGAAGAUGAGGAAUGUUGCUUGUUACAUAAGCCACAGUACUGAUCCAAAUGUCAUUGUCCAGUUAGUGCUACAUGAUCACAACAAUCUGAUGUUCCCUCGGGUCAUGCUUUUCGCUGCUGAGAAUAUCCCGCCCAUGACUGAGCUCAGCCUUGAUUAUGGAGUAGCUGAUGAAUGGAGUGCCAAGCUUGCCAUUUGUAAUUAA